UGCAUGCCUCUGCUACUGCUUUCCUCUCUUCUCAAAACUUCGGUUCUGUUUUCCAUAUAUAUUCCGUUCUUCGUUUCGCCGCUAAUCCGACGUACAAUCGCCUCCCGGUUUAUGAUGGGAGAUCUCGCCAUGGUGGAGGAGACAUCAUGCGAAGAUGGCUUUAAACAGUAUAUUAAGGUGACAAAGGACAGAAGAAUCAUAUGUCAAACUCAGUGUCUCAAUCCACCUGCCAAUAUGCCUGCAGUUUGGAAUAUAACAGACAUUAUACGGGAAGAAAAACUUGACUUCCUGUCUGAGUUAUCCUGCUGCUUGUUACGUCGCGCUCCAGAAAAUUCUUAUCAGGAAAAGGAGUGGGGAGAAUUCCUCGGUUUCCUUCGGAAAUACAAAAGGGUUGCUACUGGAAAGCAUGAAUCCUUUGAAUUUUUCAUACUUCCUCCGAAAGAAGGCUCAGGAUUGAGCUCUACAAAUGUUUGUUACCGGGAGGGGGGAAAACCAAGUGAAUGUCCUGCGGGUAAGGCCUCUGGAUCAACUUCUUGUGUGAUUGAGGAUGCUUGUUCUCCCUACUGUAAGGAGGCUGUUGUAGGUGCCCCAACUCUUGAUGGGUCAGCCAAAGCUAUUGGAAGACCUGACAAAACAACUCAACAAAAUCUUUCCUUGGAGAGAAAUUAUGUGCGUGCAGAUCCCAGUUAUCUGAAAACUCUAGGUCACACUCAUUCUGGUUGGAUUUUUGGGGCAAUUGCUGAGUUCGUAGACAAUUCUCGAGACGCUAAAGCAACUAAGCUGGAAAUUUCUAUUGACAUGAUAUUUUCAAAAGCGGUUGGCAGAGAAAUUCCUAUGCUGUGCAUUAUAGACGAUGGGUGUGGAAUGAACCAUCAGGAGGUGCUUCAGAUGGUAUCAUUUGGACACAGGCAACCUGAUGCAGAUGACCCUAAUCGUAUUGGGAGAUUUGGAAUUGGUUUUAAGACUGGGGCAAUGAAACUUGGAAAAGAUGCCUUGGUUCUGACACAGACUGCUAACUCUAGAUCAAUUGCUUUCCUUUCCCAGACACUCAAUGAAGGAAAAGAUAAUCUGGAGAUACCCAUUGUAAGCUACUACAGAAAUGGGCAAUUUAUGGAGCUGGAUAAGCAAAAUGAGGCUUUGUUCAAACACAACUUGAAAGCUAUUAAGGAAUUUUCACCAUUUGAUAAAUACUUCAUAGGUGAAAAAGUAGGUCUAUUCAGUAAUAAUGGCACAGGAACACAGAUCUAUAUCUGGAACCUGGAUGAGUGGGGAUCCAAUUAUAGCCUGCAAUGGGAGUCUGGAAUAACUGGUGCGAGCUCCUUUCAUCAGGGCGAUAUUCUCAUUCGUUCUAGACGGGUCAGAGCUCGUCCAGGCCAGAUGACUCAAAUGGUGCCUUUGGACUAUUCACUUAGAUCUUAUUUGGAAGUGAUCUUUCUUGAUCCACGGAUGAAAAUAUAUGUCCAAGGAUCACAGGUUAAAAGCCGACCAUUAGCAAGAUCUCUAAACAAGACUGUUGUGGAAAAUGGUACUAUUAUGGGGAAACCUGUUCAACUUACACUAGGUUGCAGUCAAUUGGAAUGGGAAGAAGCAAAUAGUGGAAUGUUUCUGUAUUGGCAUGGGCGUCUAAUAGAGGCUUACAAGAAAGUUGGGAGUAUGAUGCAUAAUGGAGAUAAUGGCCGUGGUGUCAUUGGUGUUAUUGAUGUCACAAACAUAAUGGCUGAAGAUAAUGGUCAUGUUUGGGUGCACAACAAUAAGCAAGGAUUCCAGGACUGCGAAGUGUAUGCUGAAUUGGAGAAGUGGCUGGGUGAAAAAUCAGACAGAUACUUGGACGAACACGUCGAUAAAGUUGAAUUGAAGGCGGGUACCGGUGUCUACAAACCUGACCACGAGUGGGUGCAGUGUGACAAAUGCAGAAAGUGGAGAAUGUUGAGCCAUGGCUUCAACAGCAAGAGUUUACCACUUCAGUGGUUCUGUUACAUGAAACCUUUUAAUGGUAAGUGCGAGAUACCAGAACAGGAAGUUGAACCUGGAGUGAUAACAAUAUCCAGCAAGCGUUUGGGAUACACUCCCACUGGAGAUCGCGAAGAGAUAAAGGGCAAGUUCUCCAGAAAAGCUGCGGAGACAUCAGAAAACAUUGGUGAGAACAUUUCAAGUCAAACCAUGGAGGAUGAUCUUCCAAACGACUAUUCAGAGAGACGUAAAAGGCUCAGAAGGAGUUGUAGAAAAAGUUAGUAUUAUUUUGAAUCAUCUUGUUUCUUCAUGUGCAGGUAUCUUAUGUAUAUGUUGUCAAUAUGCACAGCGAUUUUUUUUGUUACUACAGCAAUAUGUUAUGAUCGGUCGUCAAGAAAUGUGUUAUACAACCGAGCACAUAUCUUUUUGAGUCCUUCUAUUUUCAUCUUGUACAAGUAAUUGUGCCAAGUGAAGCAUAGAUAUUCACUUUUACAUCGAA